AUGUCCUACCCGCAGUUCGGAUACCCCUAUUCCUCGGCCCCCCAGUUCCUGAUGGCCACCAACUCCCUGAGCACGUGCUGCGAGUCGGGCGGCCGCACGCUGACCGAGUCCGGGCCCGCCGCCUCGGCCCAGGCGCCCGUCUACUGCCCAGUCUACGAGAGCCGGCUGUUGGCCACCGCGCGUCACGAGCUGAACUCGGCCGCGGCGCUCGGCGUCUAUGGGAGCCCCUACGGCAGUUCGCAGGGCUACGGCAACUACGUGGCCUAUGGCUCCGAGGCGUCCGCUUUCUACUCGCUGAACAGCUUCGACUCCAAGGACGGGACAGGGUCUGCGCAUGCGGGCCUCACGUCCGCCGCCGCCGCCGCCUACUACCCUUAUGAGCCGGCCCUGGGCCAGUACGCGUAUGACAGGUACGGGACCGUGGACAGCGGCACGCGGCGCAAGAACGCCACGCGGGAGACCACCAGCACGCUCAAGGCCUGGCUUCAGGAGCACCGCAAGAACCCGUACCCGACCAAGGGCGAGAAGAUCAUGCUGGCCAUCAUCACCAAGAUGACCCUCACGCAGGUCUCCACCUGGUUCGCCAACGCGCGCCGGCGCCUCAAGAAGGAGAACAAGAUGACGUGGCCGCCGCGGAACAAGUGCACCGACGAGAAGCGGCCGUUUGCUGAGGGCGAGGAGGAGGAGGGUGGCGAGGACAGCGCGCGGGACUCCCUCAAGAGCGCCAAGAGCGAAGACCCCAGCGGCAAAGAGGAGAAAGAGCUGGAACUCAGUGACCUAGAGGACUUCGACCCGCUGGAGGCCCAGACCCCGGAGUGCGAGCUGAAGGUGCCCUUCCAGCCCCUGGACAGCGGCCUGGAGCACGUCCCUGCCACGCCUGACGGCUCCAGCGCUCAUGGCAAGGAGGCCCCGGACACGCUCCAGAUGCCCCUGGUCAGCGGCGCCGCCGCCACCCUCGAUGAGGACCUGGAGAGGGCCCGGAGCUGCCUCCAGAGUGGGGUGGCGGGCCCAGAGCAGCGGCCAGGCACCGAGGGCGGCCCACAGGCCUGCGACGCCAAGCUGGGCUUCGCACAGGCUGGGGCGCCUGCAGGCCUGGAAGCGAAGCCCCGCAUUUGGUCCUUGGCCCACACGGCAACCGCCCUGAGCCAGACUGAGUUUCCAUCCUGCAUGCUCAAACGCCCAGGUCCCGCCACCCCUGUAGCCGCGCCCUCGCCUGUGGCCGUGGCACCCUCCGGUGCCCUGGACCGGCACCAGGACUCCCCCGUGACCAGUCUCAGAAACUGGGUAGAUGGCGUCUUCCACGACCCCGUCCUUAGGCACAGCACUUUGAACCAGGCCUGGGCCACCGCCAAGGGCGCCCUCCUGGACCCUGGGCCUCUGGGACGCUCGCUGGGGGCGAGUACCAACGUGCUGGCGGCACCCCUGGCGUGCGCCUUCCCACCUGCGCAUGAAGCCGCGGCCGCAGGCGCAGCCCGGGAGCUUCUCCCCACGCCCAAAGCCAGCGGAAAGUCCUUCUGCGCCUGA